AUGAGCCGAGUACCAAACCAGAAUGGAAGCGAUUGCAGUAUAAACUGGGAGUACUUCAUAGGCCACAACAAAGCUGCCUCACCCCAGUUCGACGAGCUGUGUCGCGGAUUAGCCUCCGUCAUUCGUAAGCUUGAGCCUGCCCGCGAUUUCGAUCUUUCUCCGAACCGCCUAGCCAACUUCUAUCGCGCCUGCGGUGCCGACUUUGACGAACUGUUCAAAAAUACUGGCGAACACGGCUUGUCCUUUCUGUACCGAACCUUGGGCUGCUAUCACAGUCUGCAGCCUACACGAAAUGCUUUUGAGGCUCCUUCUAUCCCUUGUUUGACUGAAGAUGGCUACGUACGGUGGCAGACGUUACAGCUUUUAUUAUGUCCAGACGAGCAUGCAGCAAUUGUUCAAAAGGCGGUCGAACUGUACGAUGUGCCUCGCAGAGCAGGCAUUGCUUUCCCUAAAACUGUCCCUCGAGAAUGUUUUCCUGCCCGACCAGAUGCCGACAUGGAGAAAUGGCAUCGAUUUGUCACUUCCCAAAUCAACGCUGAUCACUACCAGCGACGUCUGAAGUUCUCGCCUUACCAAUCACCAAAUAUAGACGGUAUCAACAGUUCUGGAGGCUAUUUUCCGAAAGCACCGCCAGUGAGACGUCCUUCCAAUGUUCGGAGGGGUGAGUCUCGAUCCGACGAAGAGCUAGCACGACUUGAAGCUGCAAGAGAAGCUGCACGUCGGCGCAGCAGUGUUCCGGACAUCGCUUCUCCCGGAGGCACCCUCUACAGCGAGAAAGAGGCUGCAAGAAAGACCCGCAGUCGUUCUGCUAAUCGUCCUGUUAGUGAUGGACAUCGCUAUCAACCCCCACCUGGUCCAGACAAAGUCUAUACUCCAGCCUCCAACCAUAGGUCGUCCCAUAGUGUGUCAUCUCAUCGACAUAGUAGCAGCAGUGUUUCUGUUGAUCGCUCCUCCGGACGCAACCGACGCUCCCGUCGAGAUGCUUCCUCUGGGUCUCGAGUCGAUACAGCAAGCGACGUGAGCUCAGAAGACUCUUAUCAUGCACGACCUCCUCGCCCUGCAGAAGAAGAGAACUCGCAAAGACGAACACGUUGGGGCACUUCGCUCAUGCCAAGUUUCUUCCUAUCCAACAGUAAGCGACGUCACUCCAGUGAUGGACGUGUACCGACGCUCCAGGAUCAGAAAAGAUCACCACGACGAGGUAAUUCUAUUCGUAAGUAUAGGACUGAAGCAGUAGAACAACCACCUCCAAAUCGCCAGUUUGAUCCUCCUCAAGACCGAGCAUCAAGCAAUGUUCGCUUUGUCAAAGUUCCCAGCAACAGUGGUCCUGCCCAAAGACCGUCCGAAACGGCGCACCAACAACCAAUUCCGCCACCAAGCUCUUACAGAUAUCCCGAACCACAACCAUAUUUUCCUCCUCCACAGGCGCCUGGCUCUAACGUACCAAAUAUACAUUACAUACAGCCGACACCACCUCCACUACCUCUGCAAACUGGCCCCGGGCAACCUGUCUCAAUGACUUCGAAUCACUUCGAAGCACGAAAGCAGGGAGUCCCCACACGCCUCUCUACAGUCAGUGGCGUGAACGGUCGAAGAUAUGCACCCUCUGACGCCCGAAAUAAUGUCGAUCCAAGCCCAGUCAUGACCAAUAGAAGACAUCGGACUUCGAGUAUGAGACAGCCAGCAAUGAGCACUACGAUGUAG